AUGGCUGCCACUAGCAGCGGCGAGGUCCUCUCGAACCUCGUUAUGCGAGCCUCGCUGCACGACCCUCAGCAGCCUCCGACGCCGACGCCGACGCAACCUCAGCCCCGGCCGCUGCCGGAGCAGCCGUGGUACUACCAAUUCACGCCAGACAAUGUGCGUUGGGGCUCUGCUCUGCGAAAACUGCGGAUCGGCGCUCACAACAGCCUCGGCUGGCGAGGUGGCGCGCCUUUGCCGACGCCGCCUGCCACCGACUGCUGGUUGCUUCCGGCGACCGAUGACGCGGCUCUCGCUGUGGCGUCCGAGGCGCGUGCGCUGCGUGCCGCCGGCUGGCUGGUGCUGACGUGUUCGCCGGCCGUGUUGAAUCGGCUGAGCGACAAGGCGGCGCUCGUCCGACAUGCCGAGGCGCUGGGCGCCCGAGACGACCUUCCCGCCAUCUACCCGACGCUGGCGUCUGCGAGGUGGCCUGCGGUUCUCAAGCGGGCUCGGGGUCAGUUCGGCAAGGGCGUCCACUUGGUGGGCUCGGGCGAGGAGGCUUACCGCCGCAUGGGGAUGAGCGAGGACGGGCUGGGGUCGCGCUGGGUCCUGCAGGAGGCGGUGGCUGGGCACGUCGAGUGCUCGGCCUCGCUGCUGGUCGUGCGCGGCGUGAUUGUGCGCGUCCUGGUCGUCGAGUACACCUACGCCGAGAGCGCCUACGUCUGGCCGCACGUCAAGGAGGACAAGGCGGCGAGGAGGGCGCACGAGGAUAUGGCGCCGGAGCACCGUGCCGCGCUCUCGAGGCUGCUUGCAGGCUUCUCGGGGCUAUGCAACGCAAACUACAAGAUCCGCGCCGAGAGUGGGAGGCUCGCCCUCUUCGAGUUCAACACGCGGCCAGGCGGUGAUCUCGCCGCCGACGCGCCGCGCCCCCUCGCCGCCGCCUUCCUCGAAGAGGGGCGACGCAUCGCGCUGCAACACUGCGACGCCCGCACGGCAGCGCUCGGGCCUCCGCCGCGCAGCACGCCACCCACCGACUGCCCACAGCCCGAGGAGGCCGUGAGGGAAGUGGCGGGGGCGGGGGAGGCGUCCGAGCGGGCGGCGCAGGCGCCUGCCGAGGCGGAGGAGGAGGGGUGGGACACGGUGUACCUCUCGGCGUGCCGCGAGGAGGCGGCGCGCUACCCCUCUCCCCGCGAUGCGCCAGGCUGGCUGCGGGGCGAACUCGGCAGGGCGGGCAGGCCUCCCUUCUUGCUCCGUGGCCACAGCUCUCCGGCGCUUCGCGUCGUCCUCCCUGCCGCCCACCCCGCCCGCCCCGGGGGCGGUCGGGUGGGGGAGGAGGGCGGCGGUCGCAGCGGGUGGCCGGCGGCGAUCGUGUGCCCGGGCGGCGGCUACAAGACGCUCGCCCCGCACGAGGGCGGUCCCGCAGCCAGAUGGCUCGCCUCGCUGGGCGUGGUCGCCCUCCUGCUUCGGUACAGGCUGCCUCCCGACCACCCGUGGCCAGCCGCGCGAGACGACCUGCUCGCCGCGCUCGACUACGCCUGCUCGGCCGAGGCGGCGAGGUGGCGCAUCGACCCGAGCCGGCUGUCCGUCCUCGGCUUCUCCGCGGGCGCACACCUCGCCGCACACGGCCUCUCGGCCAGGCUGCGCGCCGCUGUCCUCGUCUACCCGGCCACGGCGGACGCCACCGGCGAGGCAGUGCGGACCACAGCGGCUGCCGCAGCGGAGGUUGCCCGCGGGUCGGCCUUGCCGCCAGUCUACCUCGUCUCGUCGACCAACGACCGCGUCUGCGGCGCCGAGGAGCACGGCGACAAGGUGCACGCGGAGCUGUGCACCCUCGGUGUCGAGUGCCACUACCAGCGCCAAAAGCUCGGCGCUCACGGAUUCGGCGUCGCGCCGAGAUGGACCACGCCUUGCGCCGCAUGGCUGCUCGACAAGUUGAGGGACAGCCCGCAGGCAUCGGCGCCCGCGGCGCAGCGGCACGAUACCCAUGUAUGA